GUGGCGAUUUCCACCACCUCUCUUCUCUUAACCUGCGCCUUUUGAGACGGACUUCGACAUCGGGACUAGAGGCGACACACUCAGCCACCUUUGGGUUUUGGACUCGUUUGCUUAAUUAGAACCUGAGGAGGAGGAGGAGGAGGAAGAAAGGGGUUCCUCAUUUCCCCCACCGCGGACCGAGGAGUUGUGUGUGUGUUUAUGUGUUUUACGCGUUGCUUGCAAUGGGGAAAAGUGGACACAGAAGUGGAAUAGGACACGGGGGUUGCAGCUUGGUGAGGAUGUGCACCACGCCGGGGCUCCUGCUCCUCCUGCUGCUCCUACACCGAGGAGUCGCCCAGGUGAAAGACGUCGAUGAUUUCCUGAGUCUCAGCGAACUCCCGGAAACCUUCCCCUCCGACCCUCCGGAGCCCUUACCUCACUUCCUGUUCGAACCCGAGGAAGGCUACAUCGUCAAGAAUAAACCUGUCAACCUCUACUGCAAAGCAACACCUGCCACUCAGAUUUACUUCAAGUGCAACAGUGAGUGGGUGCAUCAGAAGGACCACACUGUGGAGGAGAGGGUGGACGAAAACUCAGGUCUGGUCGUAAGAGAAGCCAGUAUAGAAAUCACACGGCAACAGGUGGAGGAGCUGUUUGGUCCUGAAGACUUCUGGUGUCAGUGCGUGGCCUGGAGCUCCGCUGGAACCACCAAAAGCCGGAAGGCACACGUCCGCAUUGCAUACCUGAAGAAGUCCUUCGAACAGGAACCUCUGGGAAAGGAAGUGUCUCUGGAACAGGAAGUGCUGUUACAGUGUCGCCCUCCGGAGGGCAUACCAUCUGCUGAGGUGGAGUGGUUGAAGAACGAAGAAAUAAUUGACCCGGCAGAGGACCGAAACUUCUACAUCACCAUCGACCACAACCUGAUCAUCAAACAGGCGCGUCUGUCGGACACAGCCAACUACACGUGUGUGGCCAAGAACAUCGUGGCCAAAAGACGGAGCACUACGGCCACCGUCAUAGUCUACGUGAACGGCGGUUGGUCAACCUGGACGGAGUGGUCGGUGUGUAACAGUCGCUGUGGGCGGGGCUUCCAGAAACGAACCCGCAGCUGCACUAACCCCGCCCCCCUCAACGGAGGACUGCCGUGUGAUGGACAGGCCAUUCAGAAACUGGCCUGCACCUCACUGUGCACCGUGGACGGUGUGUGGAUCGAGUGGAGUAAGUGGUCGGCCUGUGGGACGGAGUGUACCCAGUGGAGGAGGAGGGAGUGCAACAACCCAGCACCAAAAAACGGAGGCAAAGACUGCGACGGGCUGCUGCUCCACUCCCAGAACUGUACCGACGGACUCUGCAUGCAAAGUUCAUUGUUUCAGAUGUCAACUGAGACCAAAGAAAAGAGUGAUUUGGGAAUCCCAUAUUGGAGAGACUCCAUCAAUGACAACAAGCCCAGCCAAUCAAUAGACAGCAUUUCAUUCUGA